AUGGACGAACCUGAGCAGUGCAUCAUCUGCUUGGAUCCUCUGCCGCACCCCUCGUCUCUGUCCUCGCCGCCUUCGCCUUCGCCUUCGCCCAAGCCGGUCAAGGAGGCCGCAGAGACCACAAACUCAACAAUCGUCGUGCCCGACGCUGUGGCCGACGAAACCAAUCAUCUCGACAUAGUUGCUGCUCUGGAUGGAUGCGAGCAUGUGAUUCACGAUGCCUGCAUCCGCUCUUGGGCUCAAAAGACCAACACUUGUCCCAUUUGUAGGACACCCUUCCACUGUGUCCGUGUAUACAAUGGCGUCGACGGCACUGCCAUCUCUACCUACGAUGUCGUUGAUAAAAAGCAAGUCGCCGAAUUCGAUGUUCAAGCCUGGCUUGGAGAGAACAUCGUGGACCAAGACGACGACGAGGGCAACCCUUGUCCCAUAUGCAAUUCGGCCGAGCGAGAAGACAUUUUGCUACUAUGCGACAGCUGUGAUGCUGCCUAUCAUACACACUGCAUAGGGCUCGAUCAUAUUCCCGAGGGCGACUGGUACUGCAUGGAAUGUGCUCACCUGUUCCAACUCACCGGGGAUCGCCCUGAGCGGACCGAUGCUGAACCAGAGUCGCCACGCCCCCAGCUCGUUCAACGCCCGCACCCACGAGACGUACGUGGCUAUCAUGUUCGGACUCGCCAGCGCCUCAGACGAGCCCGCCACCAGGCUCGUAACGCCGAGUGGCAGGGCGCCUGGGGACAGUUUUCCGGUCGUUUCUACGAGAUGAGCGAUCUGGAUCUCGAUAAUCACGAUGAAGAGGAUGAGGACCUCGAACAAUACCGUCGCUUCCAGCAGCUUGACCGCCGGGAGUUGGACCGAUGGCAACAACGCAUGAAUAUAGCCAAUCGCCUCGGUGCCCGUGAGACUUUUGCGAGUAACAUUCCACCGCAGAUCAGCGAGCGCCUGCAGCCUCCGCCGCCACCAGUCGAGGAAACUCGUGACGAAAGGCGUGCAUGGGGUGCAUUCGAUCGCGCUCGGGAAGCUGAAGUCGCAACCGGCGGGGCGCGUAAGCGAAAGAGUCGAUCAGUCACCGCGUCUCCGGCCGAACCAGUUCAAGAACCAGAGAGGAAAUUGAAACGUCCGCGGACUAGGAGGUUGCCCACCCAGGCCGAGGCCUCUAACCCUGUCCCUUCACCCGAUAUACCUGGCCCCUCCAAUGCACGCCCGGCGACGACCUCCCUGGCGGUGGCAUCGGCGGCGACAACUGGAAGCAACGGAAUUAAUAGUACGAACAUCAUCAGCGGCACCAAUGGCAUUCCCAUCAGAAACGGCCUGACGCGGACGGAGAGUGCAACGCCCUUGGUGUCGUCACUGCUUAAGGAGUUAGAGCCAAAUCCCUUGUCCGAGGACGAGACGCCGGUAUUGACACCAAACUGGCGCGUACCUCCAGAAGCAUCAUCUCCCGCCCUCUCACCUUCACCCUCAAACCAUAGCAGCCCUCGAGCUCUGUCCUUGACUCCACCACCCCUUCCGAGCCUCAACGGUCGGCCUACCUCUCCGACCCUGUCACUAAGCACACAUAUUGAGCCACGAUAUCCUCCUGCAAAUUAUUCUCCUACUCGAGCCAACAGCGAGCAUGGAGACCCAGACUCACGUUCAACCAAGGUCGACUCACGCCCGCUAGAACUGCGACAACCUCGCCCACGGCGGGCACAUCAAGUACCACAGACGGAAGAAAGCUCGCCAACACGAUGGACAAUGACGCAUGAGGAAAAGAAAAGCAUAAAUGAUAUUGUCAAAUCCGCUUUGCGACCUCACUGGCGGGCGCAGAAGCUAACAACGGAACAAUACGCAACGAUUAAUCGCGAUAUAUCUCGAAAGCUUUACGACGAAGUGAAGGGUGCUGCAUCGCUCAAUGAGGAAUCUCGACGGACGUGGGAGAAACGAGCCACGCAAGAAGUAGCACAGGCAGUCGCCGGGCUUUCAGCUUGA